AUGUCACGUUUUGUGGAAGGAAUGUGGGGGAAAUUUUUCCUGUUGGAAAAUCCUAAACAGAACUUAGAAUGUCCUCUGGGAGAGGAGUACGUUCAGGAAACAAUUUACUGUAUCUCCUACCCCUGCUCCCAGCCACCUGCCAAAUGUGAUGGUCCGGAACAGGAGGAAAUAAGAGCUGCAGCAAGACAUUGGGAGAGUUUGACUUGUGUACGAUUUCAAGAAAAACAGCGUUACGACGGUCGAAAGAUUGUGGUAUUUAAAAAAUUGGAUGGCUGUUGGUCCUACAUAGGAAGAACGACUGCGUUAAACCAAACAAUUUCCAUAGGCACGGGUUGUGACGGGAUAGGGACGAUAGCUCAUGAGAUUGGUCACGUGCUUGGCUUCUGGCACGAGCAAAGUCGUAUGGACAGGUCAAAGUUCAUCCGGGUAUAUUUAGAUCACGUGAAAUUCGAGAAGAAAAGUAACUUUAAAGACCGAAGCUGGCAGGUGAUAACAAGCAUGAAUAUACCGUACGAUCCUGGAUCCGCGCUGCAUUAUGGCGGAAAGUAUUUCAAUACUGACGGCCAGUUUACGAUCAAAACGAUAGACCCAUUUCAACAGAAAGUGAUCGGCCAAAGACAAGACCUCUCCUUUUAUGACGUCAAACUUGCCAACCUGGCUUACUGUAACGUAACGGACAGAACCAUAGAUGGCGCCAAGUGCAAUAGAGACGGGUACACGGACCCCAAGAGACCAACGCAGUGCAGGUGCCCUGAUGGGUUUGGUGGAAAAACAUGCAAUACAGUUGCACCGUCCGCUGCCGAUUGUGGUAUGGGGGAUUUGACGUCGGAAAGAGGCUACAUAUCAUACUACAAACAUGCAGGAUUGCCGCCGAAUCAGAAAAACUCGUGCAAUUGGUUCAUCAGGGUUCCCCGAGGUAAGAUCAUCGUCCUGGAGAUCCUCACUCUGGACAUCACGUGGGACCAGGAGAAGUGGCUGUGUCAAGACUACGUGGAGGUCAGGUACAGGGCUCACCUCUCCGAGACCGGGGGAAGGUUCUGCGGGACGACCCUGCCCAGUACUCCUGUAUACUCAUACACCAAUGAAAUGUUGAUAUUAUUCCGCACAUUCAAAGGCGGUGGAUACGGGUUUACAGCAAGAUACCGAACUGAGUCAUGUGGGGGUUGCGCAGAUCCAAUACGAGAAGAGCAGCACGCAUGUUAUAGGAAAGAAACAGAACAGUGCCAAGAAUCGUGGGAGGAGGAGGAAUAUUUGAAAUGCUCUUCGUUCUUCGGCAAUGUGGGAGAGCCGUGUGGUCUACGGCAUGUGCGAAAGCAACGAAACAUGACGUGUCACGUGGACAGACCAUACUGUUGCCAGGGAUUUGCUCUUGAGAAUAAUAAGUGUGUUGCUGUAAGACCUGCUCGCGCUAUACAAGACAGUCCAAGCGAGAAUUACGGCGCCGUUACCAUGCCAACAAUGUCUUUACGACAGUCAACACCGAAACUUGGCGGGAGUUUUGAGUCUUCGGACGAAAGAACCACGUGGCCGUGGAGUGGGUGGUCGGAGUGGGUCUGCUCUAAGCCGUCUUGUGGCUGCGGGACGGCUACGCGCACGCGCACUUGUCUACAGCCGGGUCACAGGAGUUGUGGUGGACAACACAGUCAGACGGAGAGGCGAGCCUGUAGUAACAGACCAUGUUAUUGCUCUGUAAAAGCUCCCACUUACUAUCCUUGUCCAGGGACCCAUUACUUCGGUAGGACUAACAUGUGUGUAGGGUGCCUGAACAGACAGGACUGCCCGGAUGGUUAUUACUGCGACAUUCACCCUGCUGAUGCUUGGGCUGUGUGCUGUCCGAAUGAAGUCUAA